UUUAGGAGUUUGUCUUCAUAUUUCUGGUUUUUUUUUUUUUGGGCAUAAUGUCCAUUUUGCUAGGAGUAUUAUGAAUUUUCGGGCAUAUUGUGCCCCAUUUAAUUAGGGUUAUUAGGAUUUGAUAGCAUUUUAGUGGUGAUAGGAAUGACUUUUGAGAAGAAUAAAUAUACACGGCCAAAUUUAAGAUGUGAAUAUUGGUAUGGGAAUAAAAAAAACAAAGAAAUAUUGCUUUUGGUUUUAUUACUGUUCGUAUGUUCCAAGAGCCUAAAACUCAAAUUGACUUAUGUUUACUGUAAUUAAUAUAUUUUACCCCAGCAAGAUGGUUAAAUUUACAAGUCAGUAAUAGUCUCUUUCAGUCAAAAUAUGUAGGUUGUUAACAGUUGGUUGUUAAGACUUGUUUGUUAGUUAUAACAGAUUUAGUCCAGAGACAAAUAUGUAAUUUGGGCUCCAUUAUCAAGCAAAGAAGAAAAAGAUUUCCAUCAAAGAAACAUCGAUCUCUUUAACUGUUUAUAAAACCCAGUGGAGAAAGAGAAAAGAGAGAGAAAGAGCAAUUACCUUCCAUUUCCCAUUUCUCUUCAACCAAAUUAAUAUAAUCUCCCAAAGAAACAUUUUUCUCUUGCGAUCAGAAGAAGCAUAAUGGCUGAUGAUCAUAAUGAUGACCCCCCAAAUGAAUUUGCAGCAGCCUUUUCCAAUUCUGAAUCCUCCAAUGACGAGUUGGAAGGAAAUAAUGAGCCUGCAGAAAAUGCGCAAGAAGAAUUGGCAGCAGCAGCCUUACAAGGCACUGAAGUUGAAGCCAUUGUUGCACAAGAACCUGCAGUUGCAAGCCUCCAAAGCUCAACUCGGUUUCAAGAAUCUAAAGUCAUGGCAGCACAUGACAUGCCUGAUCAACCGCAAGACUGAAGACCCCGGUUAUGAAGACAAAGAGAUGAAGGACAGUAUCAAAGGUGCUCAUGAUCUUCUAUAUUUAAAGCAUACAAUUUUGGAUUACAAAACAGCGAGAAAGUUGGAGCACAUGAAGAGCAAAAUUCUUUCUGGAAUUGAGUUAAACUCACCCAGCGGAAGUAAGCAAAAGGCACUACGAAUCCAAGAAUCUGAAGCCACUAAUGGUGCUGCACAAGGACGAAGAGAACUGCAAUUUCAACAAGAAGGAGGAGGAGGUUUGUUCUAUGGACACUAUGCCCCUCCUGAUUUGCCACCAAUCACAAGCCUACGAAAAUUAAUCCAAGAUUGCUGCAAGCCUUUUGAGAAACAGCUAACACCCAGUGAUGUGAGUAAAACUCCCAGGCUCUGCUUGAACAAAGAAUACGUUGAAAAUCACAUCAAACCAGUAUUAAGAGACGGUGAAAACCCUAAUGAAGGCAUCGAUGUGACAACUUAUGACAUGGAAGGCAAGGAGUACCCAAUGAAGUUCACGACUUGGGGCACCGAUCUUUAUGUCCUUAGUAAAGGCUGGAAAACUUUCUGUCAUGAUGUUGGACUGGUUGAGACACAGGAUUUUCUGACGUUGUGUGUUUUCCGCCAUGCCAAGAAUGGAGGCCUCUGCUUCGCAAUCCAUUCACGAAGGUUGCCUUUGUUCAAAAGCAUCAAGAAAAGAAGACAAAGAAAGCAGAAUUGAGAUUGUGGACUGCCAUUAAUGUUAGUGGAGGUUUGCUUUAGGAGUUCCUCUUCAUAUUUCUGAUGUUUUGGGCAUAAUGUCCAUUUUCCUAUGAGUAUUAUGAAUUUUUGGGCAUAUUAUCCCCCCAUUUUUGUAGGAUUUCAUAGCAUUUUCACAGUUUCUGCUUCAUAAUGCAGAGUACUGAUGAUGAUCAGUUCUUGCUAGCUUAAAGGGGUUCAAUCUUUUCAUUCUUUAAAUUGUCCCUAUUGUUUUCCAGUACUAACGCAGCUGUGAAUUUUUGUUAAGGAUGUAGAAAGAAAGAAUCUUAGUUUUACUUGUACUAGUUGUCAUGGCAAAUUAAGUGUAGCAAGGUAGCUCUUUUUUAACAGUGCAUAAAUUUUUGUUUACUGAAAUAUUGAAUUCUCUGAUUAGACCUCUCUGUCUAUAACCCUGGUCUGAAAACCAGGUACACUACUUUCUUUAGCUAUCUAUUUUGUAAAUCAACCAAAAUCUCAUGAAACAUAUACCCAAAAAAAAAAAAAAAAAA